GGCCACUUAACAAACCCAAUAAGUUCCAAAGUUGGGCCUAAGAGAGCCCACAUUUAUCCCUCUUUCUUUAAGUUCAUAAACCCUAGGUUUCCCAUUUCUCUUCUCGACUCGACACCCCAUUUUUGUGCAAUAGGAACCAGCCUCCGCCGUCGUCAUGGGUAUCGAUCUUAUUGCUGGUGGUAAGAGCAAACGCACCAAAAGAACCGCCCCUAGAUCCGACGAUAUCUACCUCAAACUCCUCGUCAAGCUUUACCGUUUUCUGGUGAGGAGAACCGGCAGCAACUUCAAUGCUGUCAUUCUGAAGAGGUUGUUCAUGAGCAAAGUCAACAAGCCUCCGAUUUCACUCUCUCGUUUGAUCCGUUACAUGUCCGGCAAGGAUGAUAAGAUUGCUGUGGUUGUGGGGACAGUUACGGAUGAUGUUAGGGUUCAUGAGAUUCCUUGUAUGAAGGUGACUGCAUUGAGGUUUACUGAAACUGCUAGGGCUAGGAUUGAGAAGGCUGGUGGGGAGUGCUUGACUUUUGAUCAGCUCGCUCUUCGAGCUCCUCUUGGACAGAACACAGUUCUUCUUAGAGGACCAAAGAAUUCACGUGAAGCUGUGAAGCACUUUGGUCCGGCUCCUGGUGUGCCGCACAGUCACACCAAGCCAUAUGUGAGAUCAAAGGGAAGGAAGUUUGAGAAGGCCAGAGGUAGAAGAAACAGCAGGGGAUUUAGAAACUAAGUUAUUAUAAAUGUUUUCCUUGAAUCUUUUCCAAAGGUCUAUUUCUAAGAUUUUCAAUGUUGUGUUUUUGAUGAAACUUCUAGAUGAUCUUGUUUGCAUGCUUGUUAUGAUGAAAAUUUUGUUGUUGACAUUCAUUUUUCUUCUGGUAAUGAAGUUGGAGAUUAUGUUAUAUGGUUAA